AUGCUCCAGGCAUUCACUCCACCUCCAACUCCUCCUCCCACAUCUCAGCCAACCUUCACCUGCUUCAAGAAAAUGCCGCCUGAGCUAAGAAGGAAGGUAUGGGAUUUGACUCUCCCAGGCCCUCAGGUCUACUAUCUCAAGCAUUCUCGCACGCAGAACGACCAGUGGCUUCAAAUUGAGGCACCUCCGCUCCCAGUUGCUCUCAUGGUCAGCCGAGAAUCACGAAACCAAGCCCGGCUCCGGCUCAAACGUUACACUAUCUCAACGAAUCCGUUAGAGCCUUUCGAUAUCCAGCCUUAUGGAUACUUCACACCCAGAACCGAUGUCUUGCAUUUGCCCUUUUGGGAAAGUCAACCCACGUUGGGUAGAUUUCCUUUUGAAAAAUUAUCUUUUCGUCUUGACGUCACCAAGUCUGGGCUUGACGUUACAAUUAUCGUACCCAGCCUUCCUGAGCACCUAAAGUUUGCAGAGAAAUUCCCUGACAUCUUCAUGGUCAUGCAGGACGAGAUGGAGGGUAUCAAAAGACACAAGUCUUGCAACCCAUUGAUCCCCGUUGGAAUGCCAGUCAUCCAUCGGCAUUGGAACAACUCUUUUCUCCAGACUCUACUUGACGAUAGCAGCUUCCACCAGAGCAUUGAGAGCUGGUCCCCAGCCAUAUCGUGCAUGCUUUCGGAAACCCGAGAGGGCCACCCCACUGCAACUAUCACUGCUAUGCCGCUUGCCUGUACGUGCCCAGGCGUCGCCGAUAGAAUGGCCGCCAAGGUUAACCUGGCAAACCGAGAGCACCAGCGAAAGACGAGAAAGGAGGAGCAGAAGGCGCAGAGAGCAAAGGCCGUCCAAGAGAGACAAGAGGCUGCGGCUCUCAAGAGAAAAUUGGCGAGACAGAAAAGAGAAGAAGCGGCUAAGGCGAACGGGGUGAAGGCCAGACUUCGCAGCGAAACACGCAAGGCGCUUUCACGUCAGUGA